AUGCUGGAAUUCGAUUUUAAUAAGAAUGACAAUACAAUAACCGUUAAACGCGCCAAUUUUGAAGAGUCUCUCCAAGCCAUCUCAGAUGGUGACAAUGUUGUCGGAUUUUAUGAAUGCCACUUCAAAACCAUUAUCGAUCAUGGCAUUAUUUGUGUGAGAUCAGAAGCUGAAUAUUUGCUUGCCGAUACAAAAUAUUACACUUCUUUGACAUCAGAGCUGGACUUUCAUUUAAACAUACUCAACGAAACUUCUGAAUAUAUUGAGAAGACUAAAGAUCGAUCUACUAAACGAAUUAUCAAAAGCAGAAUAGAAUCAGACACCUUAGUGGUCGAAAUUGAGGAAACGGUGAAUUCUGACUCGACACUAUCUACACAGCGGUACCCUUUAAAUGACUUUGAACGGCAACUUUUAUCAAUCGUCGAAGUUGGUCAACCGGUUGUGUUUAAAACACUUGAAAUUCCGAAGCCCCCAAAGAAGGAACAGUACCUGUCAACGCCGGAUGCUGUUGAGGAUGACUUCAAUUGGAUGGAGAAUUGUCUUCUUUUUUCAAAGUAUACUGAACGCAAGGUAGUAUUAUUAUUCUGA